AGAAAGUCCGUUCAGUUGAGCACUGUUAUGGAGGCCUGUUGGAAUGACGCAUAGGCCGCUCAGAGUUUCAGGACCUGCUUGUUGUAGGAACUUCAAGGAGUGAAAGGGGCUGCAAUAGCCUUUGCUGCUGGCUGCAACACGCAUGGUGUGAGCGUUAUGCAGCCUCUGCUGCUGGGAGGGGCACUGGGUGCGCAGGCGGUGUCAGGAGCCGUAAGCAGGGACCGGGCCGCGACGCGCCCAUCCGCACGGGGCCUCGCUGGAAGCUUGGGGAGUCGCUGGUGGGGGCCGUAUGCAGCCUCUGCUGCUGGCAGCCGUAAGCAGGGACCGGGCCGCGGCGCGCCCAUCCGCACGGGGCCUGUCGGUUGAUGCGGUAUGCCUGGCGUGUAGAACGCGUGCCCCAACACAUUGUACCAUGUGAUUACAGCGCUGAAAGCUUGGGGAGUCACUGGUGGGGGCGGUAUGCAGCCUCUGCCGCCGGCAGGGGCACUGGGUGCUCAGCCGAUGUCAGGAACCGUAAGCAGGGACAGGGCAGUGGCGCGCCCAUCCGCACGGGGCCUGUCGGUUGAUGCGGUAUGCCUGGCGUGUAGAACGCGUGCCCCAACACAUUAUACCAUGUGAUUACAGCACUGGAAGCUUCGGAGUCGCUGGUGGGGGCGGUAUGCAGCCUCUGCCGCCGGCAGGGGCACUGGGUGCUCAGGCGAUGUCAGGAACCGUAAACAGGGACAGGGCAGUGGCGCGCCCAUCCGCACGGGGCCUGUAGGUUGAUGCGGUAUGCCUGGCGUGUAGAACGCGCGCGCAAACACAUGGUACCAUGUGAUUACAGCGCUGGAAGCUUGGGGAGUCGCUGGUGUGGGCCGUAUGCAGCCUCUGCUGCUGGCAGCCGUAAGCAGGGACCGGGCCGCGGCGCGCCCAUCCGCACGGGGCUUGUCGGUUGAUGCGGUAUGCCUGGCGUGUAGAACGCGUGCCCC